AUGUCUCCCUCAUCAGUAUCAGCAUCAGCGCCGGCGCCGGCGCAUGGCCCACACCCACUGGCUCUACCGCCUACCUUCUCUCCCGACACUCUCGAUGCUCUCUCCGAGCUCUCCCUUGUGCUCGCGCGCGUCCGCGCCGGUAUUCAAUCAUCAGCUGGAAUUACCACCGAACCUGCGCCUGGCACCACAGGAAACAACGCGCCUGGACCUACACUGUCUUUCAAAGAUGUGCCGGGCGCAACUGACGGGCUAAAACACAAGCUGCAACGAGCUCGCGCACAAGUUCGCGAAUUACCUGAUAUGGACCGGUCCAUCGCUGAACAGAACGACGAGAUUCGCGAGCUUGAAACACGCAUCGAAAAGCAGCGUGUUCUACUUCAACGGUUGAGGGAUGAAGCUACGGGACGAGAUCGAAAGGACGAUAUCAGCGCUGGUGACAAAAUGGAGUUAUGA